UCCAGCCCCCGCCGUGCCCCCGUGGCCCCGGUGGCGCCGCCGAGAGCCCCGGUAGAGCGGCAUGGCGCGGCCCACCGUGCCCAGCUCGCAGAAGGCGCUGCUGCUGGAGCUCAAGGGGCUGCAGGAGGAGCCCGUGGAGGGGUUCCGCGUCGGGCUGGUGGACGAGGGGGACCUGUACACCUGGGACGUGGCCAUCUUCGGACCCCCGGACACGCACUACGAGGGCGGAUACUUCAAGGCUCGUCUCCGCUUCCCCAUCGACUACCCCUACUCUCCUCCUGCCUUCAGGUUCCUCACCAAGAUGUGGCACCCCAAUAUCUACGAGACAGGUGAUGUCUGCAUCUCCAUCCUGCACCCCCCUGUGGAUGACCCUCAGAGUGGAGAGCUGCCCUCGGAGCGCUGGAACCCCACCCAGAACGUGCGAACCAUUCUGCUGAGUGUGAUCUCACUGCUGAAUGAGCCCAACACGUUUUCCCCGGCCAACGUGGACGCCUCGGUGAUGUACCGCAAGUGGAAGGAGAGCAAAGGGAAGGACCGGGAGUACACAGACAUCAUCAGGAAGCAGGUGCUGGGCACCAAGGUGGAUGCUGAGCGGGAUGGAGUGAAGGUCCCCACCACGCUGGCUGAGUACUGUGUGAAGACCAAGACUCCAGCCCCAGAUGAGGGCUCAGACCUCUUUUAUGAUGACUAUUAUGAGGAUGAUGAGCUGGAGGAGGAAGCAGAGAGCUGUUACGGGGAUGAGGAUGACUCCGGCAAUGAGGAAUCUUGAUGGCCCUCUGGCAUUGCAAAACUUCCUAUAAACUACUGAAUUUUACCUCAACUAGGACAAACUGGUUUGAAUUUAGGAUCUGUCAGCCCUGAAAUUAACUCUCUACCUCGCAGGGAGACUGUUCUGCUGUUGCAAAGGAAAUCCCAUGGCUGUCUUUGUAGGAAAAGAUAAAACCCCCUAUUUCUAAACUUCCAGGGAGGGGGAAGCUGUGUUGGGGUGUUCACAAAGCCACAGAAAUUGAGGUGCUGGUGGCUUUGCCUGGCUGAGAAGUGACAACCAGCCCUGGUGUUGGCUGCCCCUCAUUUGGGUCUGUUCAGCUUCUCUUCAGCCCCAUGGGGUAGGAGCAGUUUGGGGCAAUUGUGGGGGUGGUGAGUGGUUGCUUUGGUGGGAGAACAACAUGUGAGUGCUGUCUUGGCUUUCAACACCUUUUAGGGCUCACCCUGCAGCCAUCUGGGCUGUCCCACAGGACCCUUUUGCCUUCCCUGCCCUGAAGCUGGAGCUGUGUUCACAGGGAGAGGGGCACCAGGGAGAAUUUGUCCGGCAGCCACCAGCACUGACCAUGUGGGGAUGAUUUGUUCGUGGUUUUUUGGUUUUUAACUUGCUGGGAGGGAUGGGGUCAUGCUGAGUUUUUCUGCUUCUGGUUUUUGUUUUUUUUUUUGUUUGUUUGUUUUUGGACACUAUUUAAUAAAGUUCUUCCAGGGAAA